CAGAGCUUCACGACACGAAUCAGUUCGUUAAUGGAGCUCCAUUUCCAGCACCCGCAGCCGCAGGAAUGCCAGCAGCCGGCGAAAGGGGUGAGAAGGAGUAGCAGCAGCACUAGCAGCAGUAGCAGCAAGUGCAAGUUCGUGGGGGUGAGGCAGAGGCCGUCGGGGAGGUGGGUGGCGGAGAUCAAGGACACGACGCACAAGAUCCGGGUGUGGCUCGGCACUUUCGAGACCGCCGAGGACGCCGCGCGCGCGUACGACGAGGCCGCGUGCCUCCUCCGGGGCUCCAACACCCGCACCAACUUCGCCGUCGCCUCUUCCCCGGCCCCGGCGUCCCCGCAGCAGCCGGACUCGCCGCUCGCGUCCCGGAUCCGCACGCUCCUCACCCACAAGAAGCUCAAGAAGCACCACACCGCGCCGCGGUCUCCCGUCGCCUUCACUCCUCCGUAUGCUGGGAACCGUAAUGCCAGCGCUGGCAACAGCAACGGCGGCAGCGCGAGCUCGAGCAUCAGCUUCGCCGUGAGCGGCAAUGGGGUCGACCUCGCUCGUCACGCACCCAACCCCUGUAGCCACCAGCGCGUAGCCGAGGAAUCCUACAGGACGUGCCAACUGAUCAACCAUUUCGACCAUCCGCCAUCAUGGGCGGCAGCUCUCAACCCCGCCGCCCCGCCGGUCGCCGGCAGUAAUGCUCAUUGCCCGGAGAUGCCCCAAGGAAGGAUGAAGGCCGAGAAGCAAGAAGGCUCCGCGUCUGCGUCUCCCGAUGGUGCUGCCGCCAUGAGUACUGGGUUCGCCAGGGCGCAGCAGCAGGUCGACGGCUUCGACAUCGGGAACGAUCCCUGCGACUCCCUGUGGGAUCUGCCACCGAUCUGUCAGUUGUCAUGCAGGUCUCUGAUGUACUAGAUGAUGAAAUCUGAAGAUUUCACGCUUUUUGGGGGUCCA